CCCCGGCAGAAGCGAAAGCAGCCCGCAGCCCGUCGGGGGAAGCAGUCGAGAGGCAGCAGCGACCCCCUCUUCAUCCAUCUGGAGACUUGCUCAGGGGCGCCUCCCCCAUUUUCUCUCUCCUCCCCCACAGUUGGGCCCAGGCAAUCCCUCUGCAACCGUCAGCAGGAAUGACCUACUACCCGUCCACUAAGGAGACCCUCUGGGCGCCGACGGAUGACGAGGCCGCGUCGGUUCCAGUUUCCCUGAUGGAUGCUCCUCGUCGUCCCGCGGAGGGAGAAUGGGAAGACGUGACGAUGGACGUUACGGCAGCUGGGAGACCAGAGGAGGACGACGAACUCCGGCUGAUCCUGGUCGGAAGGUCCGGAGGUGGGAAGAGCGCCACAGGCAACACCAUCCUCGGCCGGAGGGAAUUUGAGUCCGUCUUGUCAGCAAAGACCAUCACCUUGAAAUGCCAAAGGGGGCAGAGAAUCUGGAAUGGCAAAAAGGUCUCCGUGAUCGACACGCCUGCCCUUUUCGGUCCUGAAGACUACACCGAGUUUGUGCGACGCGAGAUCAAGGCUUGCGUCGAACUCUCCCAGCCUGGCCUCCACGCCCUGAUCUUGGUGACCCAGCUGGGGCGCUUCACCGUUGAAGAUGUAACAGCUGCAAAGCGUGUCUGGCAGAUCUUUGGGGCCGAAUCCGCCAGGCACACGAUCGUCCUCUUCACCUGCCUGGAGGAUUUGGGCGGGGACCCCCUGCAGGAGUACGUCCAAAAGUCCACGAAUGAGGCACUGCGGGAGCUCAUCUGGCAGUGUGGGGACCGCUUCUGUGGCUUCAACAACAAGGCCGUGGGAGCCGUGCGGGAGAGGCAGGUCUCGGAGCUGAUGGAGAUGGUGCAGAGAGUCGUUUCGGAGAACAGGGGGAGACACUACGUCAUCCCGCUGCGUGAGGUGCCCGAGAAACCCCCAGAUUCGGCCUGUGCCAAUCGUCCGGAAAUGGCUGGAAGCAUGCGAGCUAAAACCAUUAGCCCCUGGGUGGGUGCGUGGGGCUCGCUGUCCUGGGUGGACACUCCUGGGUCCCACUCCCAAGAGUAUAACUUUACUGAAGAUUCCACGGGGCUGCAGAAGGAGAAAAGCAAGAGGAGAAAAGCCGGGCCUGAACGGCGGAUCGUCCUCGUGGGCAAGACCGGAAGUGGGAAAAGCGCGACGGGAAACACCAUCCUGGGAAGCCAAGUCUUUGGGGUGUCACCCAGGUCAGAUACAAAACGUUGCCAAAAGGAGGAGACGCUGUGGAACGGCAGGAGGAUUGUGGUGGUCGAUACGCCUGGCUUCCUCGACACCGGGCAUCCGAAGCCGGAAAACGCUGCUGAAGUGAGCAAGUGUGUGAAGUUAUGCUCCCCGGGUCCCCACGUUAUUCUCUGGGUCAUGCGCCCUGACCGUUUCUCCCGGGAAGAGGAAGACGCGGCUCGGAUGAUCAAAGAGAUUUUCAGCGAGGAAGGCAGGAAUUAUAUGAUCGUCCUGUUUACCCAGAAAGAUAAGCUGGAAGGUCAUUCUCUUGAAAAUUUCACGUCUUUCCAAGAUCAGAAGAAAUAUCUUGCUGAAUGUGAGAACCGCUACUUGGCUUUCAACAACACGGCCGAAGGAGAAGAACGGGAGGUUCAAGUGGCCGAGCUGAUGAAGAUGAUUGACCGGCUCGUAUUUGAGAACGGAGACGCUCUUUAUUACACGGAGGACAUGCUGACGAAAGAUAUCGAGAACUUCAGAAUAAUCCGUGCCUCCUCGUUUUGUCCUAUUAUCUAACACAGGUCUUUCCCCACCUUUUCGCAGAUUGUACCACCUUUAGGACAUGACGAUAUUCGCGUACCACCAGUGGCUUAGCAACGUGUCAAAAACUUGAUGAGCAAAAAAAAACAAAGACCCGGGGAAAAGUGAUCAACGUACACCCACUUACCACACUUUCGGCGGGAAACUUGUGCCUGUUUCGCUGACGUUAAACCGAAGACGGUUCCUUUCCUUAAUUUUUACACACCUUAAUGAAGGAAACGCCUUUUUGCACGAGUACGUGGAACCAAAUGACUGCAACGCUACGACAGCUUUCCCUCCCCCUCCCGUUUCCGGCUACACAGUUUUGCAACUUGGCUCCGGAACUCGGUCAGUGUUGUUGUUGUUGUUGUUUUCAUGAAAAAGUUCCUUCAAAUUUGCGGUGGGAUGGGUCAAAUUCCCAGACGUGCUUCUUGCUCUGGAGAGGGAAGGUCGGCGUUCGCAACCUGGCCCACCACGGCCACCUUGACGCGAACGGAAAACGCCAAGGCAAACUCGCCGCGCAGUUUUCCCCAAGGGAUUUUGGGACGGCCGUUUCAAGGUCUUCGGCGUCAAUGCUGCUAACGUCGGGCGUUUUGGCUUUGACAGCAGAUGGAAGAUGCCGCCAUUUUCUUGUUUUCGCUUUUAGAGUUAGAUGAUGCUGUGGAGGAGGGGGGAUGUGCAUGAGAGUUCAGCUAGACAUAAUAAUACUGAGAAUCAAGGUUGUUGAAAAAAGAGAUGAUAAGAAUUGGCGGGCUGGGAGA